CUCUUGUCAGUCUUCAAAAUAGUUUCAAACUACUUAAAAAAUAAAUCUAAACUAUUGCUUUUUUGCAUUUAGAAAUCUGUUUGUGGUUUUCACUUUCCAUUCAAUUAAAUCCAUACACCUCAGUUUCAUCUGAGGUGUAUGAAAGAGUAUUAGGGUCACAGAUGAGAAAGAAAAAAUUAUUUUUUUUUUCCAUCAUACACUUACAGACAAAAAGCUGAAAUAUAACCCCUCUACCUCCUCUCAUUUUAUGUCUUAUCUAUUACACAUGCAAACUAGAAAUGCGAUUUCUUGGUUGAACAUCUAUUUAGUUGGAGUUGCAGUCUUUUUUGAAAAUGCUAUGUCAUAAGUGGUCACAAUAGACAAUGCUAUUAAGCUUGUAGAAGAGGCAGAAGUAGAUUGAAUAAAUUUCUCAGUGACUGAUGAAAGUGUGGUACUUUGAAUCUCCAAUUGCACAGCUGCAGUUGCUGGUGCAUGAAGUUGCUGUAAUUUAAUUUGUUUGAGCAAUAUUUUGUUAACAGGCUCAACUUGAUGGCCGGGUUUAACAGGUAAAAAAAAUCAUUUUAAGCCUCAUGAAACAUAACGAUUUGAUUCCUAUUUCCCCCCCUCACGAAUGGCUAUGUUGUGAACUUCAGCAAUUUUGACCCUUGCGAGUAACCGUCCACUAGGCGACCCACGUGACCCAGUCAGUCGACGAGAAGGCAAAACACAGCGAUAGAUGAGAAAAUAAAACACAGACACACACACAGGCGACAUGGACCAUCAACGGAUUGACAGGGUGGGCCUUCUGUCCCCGCUUGAGGAGUCCAGCGCCGAGAUAAGCAGAGACAGCGGCAUCGUGUCUCAAAGUGCGAGCAGUUUGUCCAUGGUGAGCGAAAUCCUCAGCAGCGGCACCGUGUCGCAGAGCCCCAGCUUCGGAGCUGCAGCUAAUGUUAUUUCCCAAAGCCCGAGCCUCGACGGAGCAGCAGAGCCGGGCACAACCGAGCCGCACAGCCCAGAGCAGGACGACGAAGUCCUGAGACACACCGUGCUCAAUUACUCCUCCUACGUCAGGGCGACAGCUGGAGAAGAGAUCCUGUGCUUGGAGAAAAGCUUGGAAGAAAUGCUGACGAGGGUAGAUGAGUUCGUUGGCAUGCUGGAUAUGAUUCGUAAUGAUACCUCCCAGAUAGUGAACGAAAACCUACCUCAAAUCCAGCAGAAGUCUGAUGAAAUGAGACAGAUAUACAGAAAAAUUGACAAUUUGGAAGCCUUUGUAAAGAUGGUGGGAGCCAACGUCAACGCAAUGGAGGAGCAGGUCACGCAGGCAGAGGGUGAACUAGGAACACUACCGGGCACUUUCAAGAAGAUCCUCCGUACAAUGAGUGUCCCUGGAUUUUUAAAUAAACCAGGAAGCCCGAGGAGACCAUCAUCACAUCAGCGUCAAGAGGUCCCCAGUGUGUUCCGGACAGACGAUUAUUUCACAUCUCAGCCCGAACAGUGACGAAGCAGGACGUUCAAAACAGAACUUGGUUCUAACCUCAGAGGCCUGUUGAGUGAAACUGUACAGACAACUUUAACUGCCAUCCAUCACCAGAGGACCUAUUGGUGCAGUGGCCUCAACGAAGCAAUAGUAGCCUUUCUGAACAAGUCACUGGAAGUCAAGUGCGUGAAGACAUUCUGCUUUUUUUGAGUGUCGUUUUCCUGGCAGCAACAAGCACUGGACUGUAGCAAAAUGAUUUUAAAAGUGCCUAAAUUGGUCUUAUUUCUGUGAUUUUCAUUUUCACUGAUUACGAAGGAAACUGCGUCAGUCUGGUGGGUGACAAGUCUGGAGGGCAAAGUCGUCCAACUUAACGAUAGGACACAAGACGACGGUACGAUAGGAAGAGCUGUAAAGAUCUUUAGAUGUAAUACAAGAAGAAUAAACCCAGCUUUUUUUUUUUUUUAUACCUUACAUUCCUGUUAAUGGUGUUUGUAAAGACCUGCACGCUUAUUUGCAUUUGUGUAUGUCUCAUUACUCUCCCCAAGCAAUAUUGAUCUUAUCCAAUUUAAAGCAUUUAAACAUUUAAAGUCUUCCAUUUCAAAUAUACAUUUUAUUUCUAGCCUUAUCUUACUUGCUGUGGAUGACAGCUGCCUCCCUGACACACGUCUUUGCUACAUCUCUGAUGGCACCUUUUCAAAAGAGCAAAAGCACACUUUAGAUGAGUUGUUUUCAUUUCACAGGACACCAUCCGAUGAAUCAAAGUCUUGAGCCAGGGAUGAAGCUGUUUAGCCUUUAAGCUAAAUAACUGGAUCCGCCUUUGGGAGUAAACUGUAACUAAGAGAUGAUGUGGCCCUUUCCCUUUCAGCCAGAUGUAUUCAGUGAUGUUAUGUAUUGAUUAUACUAUUGAUUAUUUGCCAAAAAAUAGUUGCUAAAAAUGUUUCAUUUCUAUGUUAAUUUAGGUUUACAUUUUUAAAAUAAAAGAAAAUGUAUUUGAGA